GGGAAUUGGGCGUGAUGGCUGAAAAUGGAUGAUGGCUGAUGAUGGAUCAAUGAUGAAAGCAUCGCAUCGAGAGCAGGUAGAGCAGGGAGAGCAGGGAGAGCAGGUGGGGAGUAGUGUAAUGAGAGUCUUUCUCUCCUUGAGUCAUUUUCAGUCUUCAGUCUUCAGUCUCGAGUCCUGUCCUCAGCCCUCCGUCGUCACUCUUUAUUCGAUCCCUUGUGUAAAUGCAUAUCAUACAUACCCAGCAGUCAUUUCCCAUAUCCGUAUCAACAGCUUCCCUCAUUUGAUCAUCUCGUUUGUCAAUCGAACCCAUCACUCACUCACUCGCCCACUCACUCGCCCGCGCACGACUUUAAUUAAUCUCUGACAUUGGUGAUAUUCGUUUCAGCCCCAAAAUCCAUACAUCUCAUCCCAUACCCCCUUACGAGCCCUUUCGCCAUCUACCGGAACCCUUCGCUGUGGACAAGCAUUCCUUUUUUCAUUGUUUGAUUCUUCCGUUUCACAACUACCUGGCGGCAGAGCGAUAAGGUUAAUACCGGGAAAGGAAAAUCAUUUCAAAAAUCAAAGACCUUAAACAUUUUAUACUUUGCAUUCUCCUAUUUCAUCUUAUCACCUUGUUUCUGUCCCUCCCUCGACAGAGGUACACCUCUCCAAGGUAAUCUCUCUCCUUUCAUUUAAAAGCCAAGAUACUGGCACGACAAGUGCUUUCGCGAUUAAUUGUUAGCCGCUUCUUCUCAUCAUUACGCGACUUUCCUUGCUAACACUACCUGGUGCUCUCAUCUCCAAAGGUUCUCUCCUCUACCUUUAAUUAGAAUCCACAGAAGAGAGCAAGCGACAAUUCUUUGAGACUUGACUCCCUCUCCUCUUCUUCAGCAACUAUCAACCAUCCUUUCAGCCUCGCCUUGUAAUAACCCCCCUCCAAAAUUGGACCGUCUAUUUUCAAUUCAUUUGGGCCGGUCUACCUUGGUCUGCUUCUCUUUGCAUUGGAACUUUCCCAUCCUCUUCCAUCGAUUCACCGUCACUCCUUUUCCAACAUUAUUUCACGCGCAUAUCAUCUAGCAAGACCUCGCAGGUCCUUUUAAUCACCUCUAACUCUGUGCCUAUAUUCGAAUUGCGCAUACUUCAAUCAAUAUCGCACAUAUCAUAAGCACACCUCAAAUCUGUCAAUAUGGGAGGAGCUAUUUCAAAAAUGAUGGGCAAGAUCUUCGGAUCCAAGGAAAUGCGCCUGUUGAUGUUAGGCCUCGAUGCUGCCGGAAAGACAACCAUUCUCUACAAAUUGAAGUUGGGUCAAGAUGUUACUACAAUUCCUACUGUUGGUUUCAACGUUGAGACGGUGACAUACAAGAAUGUCAAAUUUAAUGUCUGGGACGUGGGUGGACAAGAUAAGAUCAGACCUCUUUGGAGACAUUACUUCAGUGGUACUCAAGGACUUAUCUUUGUGAUCGAUUCCAGUGACAGAGCACGCAUAGCAGAAGCACAACAAGAGUUACAUCGCAUUAUCAAUGACAGAGAAAUGCAAGAUUCAUUACUCCUAGUCUUUGCGAACAAGCAGGAUAUUGCAGGAGCCAUGAAGCCACCUGAGGUCACAGAGCAACUUAAGUUGAACGAAUUGAGGAACAAGGUCUGGUUCGUAGUACCAAGUUGUGCUACUACCGGCGAGGGGUUAAUGGAAGGACUGGCUUGGCUUUCGAAAACAAUUGAAGGAAGACCCGCUCCACAAACGAAAUAAUAGUGCUGUUGGCUAUACAACUCAGAAAGCAUAAUAUUAUCUCUCAAUAAUCAGACUUUACCACCGCUCUAUACCUCAGACUACACGAUAUAUCCCCCUCCUACGAAUAUGUCCCUCCACGAAAUAUACAUACCUAGGCAGAAUAAUUGGUUCCCAGUAGCAUGUCAUAUCGGUUCAUUUGAGUCACAUCUACUUGUUCACGUUCACGAUGUCCAACUCCAUAACGGCUCCUUAUUACUGUCAUCUCGUCAUUACAUCCAACCUAUCUUCGGUCACAUCUCCUCGUACCAUCCUCUAAUAUAAGGAUUUCCUCAUAUCUCUCUUUGUUAAUUUUUCACUUGCGCAUGCAUAAAUGCGUACUUCUUGCGUUCUUUUUUUUAUGGUGAGGUUGUUCAUAUGUACGUUACCUACGGGGAUGGCGGCGAUACCAAGAGUUUUCUUUAUCCUUUAAUUCACCAUUGAUUCUUUCUUGUUUCCAUUCUUCCAUCGGGUGGCGCGACGUGGAGAGGCAGGUUUGAGGUUUCUACUUAAGAGAGGGGGAACUAGAACGAUUGGAGGAAAGGAAAACAAGAAAGUUGUAAUAUUAAGCGAGUAACGAAGUGGUCUAGGACAUGGGAAUGGCAAGGCAGAGCGGAGCUGAACCUUGAGGGAAGUAGAAAAAAUUACCAUCAUACCUACAAAAAAGAAAACCUUGUA